AUGGUGCACAACACCAUACUUUUGGAGAAGACAUGUGGGGAAGGCGAGGCGAUGUGGCUGGUGGGAGGUGGCGGAGAUGAUGUGGCGCAGCUGACUAACAGAAGCGGACUAGUGGCCUCCACUCGCUUAGGGCAGGGCGGCAACCCUAAGCACAAUUGGAACCUCACAAUUCUCAUUUUCCAUCGACGGCACACUAACGACUCAUCCACCACAGCGACAAUCACAGUGAGGCGUCUUACUGAGUACCAGGUCAUCGGGCGUCACCUGCCCAACGAGGCGAACCCCACGCCCAAGCUGUACCGCAUGCGCAUCUUUGCGCCCAACACCGUUGUGGCCAAGUCGCGUUUCUGGUACUUCAUGGCCCAGCUCCGUAAGCUCAAGAAGUCUAACGGCGAGAUCGUUUCCCUGAACGUGGUCAAGAACUUCGGUAUCUGGAUCCGCUACGACUCGCGCUCCGGUACCCACAACAUGUACAAGGAGUUCCGUGAGAUGAGCCGCACCGACGCUGUUGAGGCUCUCUACCAGGACAUGGCCGCCCGUCACCGCUCCCGUUUCGGCUCCAUCCACAUCCUCAAGGUUGUUGAGAUCGAGAACAACGACAGCAUCCGCCGCCCCUACAUCAAGCAGCUCCUCCAGAAGGAUCUCAAGUUCCCUCUGCCCCACCGCGCCGGUGGCAAGGUCGGCAAGAAGAUCUUCGCUCACUCUCGCCCCUCUACCUUUGCUUAA